CCUCCUCUUCCACGCUAUCGUUCCUUUUGAGCUACUUCUCGACCUUUAACUCUUUCCUCUCGUUGUGUUUUCUUGAUCUCUAGCCAAUCUGCUGCUCCGUUUCAACACUACAAACCAGUGCUGUCAAUCAAUUGAAGAACCACAAAGUUGAUCAUGAAGGCAUCAGCUGCGAUCCGAAGGGCCUUUCACAUGGGCGGAAAUGAAAACUUUCAUCGUGUUCUUGUCAAGGCUGCUGUGGUAACAUCUGUCAUUGGCGGUGGCAUCUUGUCUGGCAUCGAAGCUGCAAGAAUAGGUGAGUCGAGAGAGCGCUGUGGUUCAAAUUCUCAUGUUGUAACAGGAUCUGAGUCUCUCGACAACCUCACAACAAGCGAGGUCAGAGACUUCAAUGAUUACUUCAUGUGCCACGUCUGGUGAUCCGUUACGGAUAUACGGAUACCGGCUGUCUCCAUAGCAAUGUAGAUAUCUCGCUGUACAUACUCCACGGGAGCUUUAGCCUCUCAGCCUGAUUCCUCCUUGUUUUGAAAGCAGAAAGAAUGAAGAGGCGACCUCCCUGCGC